AUGUUUGUUUUACAUCCCAAAAUGAACUUGAAACUGAAGUCAUUAACAGGCAAAGAUAAAGCAAUAGAAAUAGAUGGAUCUGCAACCAUAGCGGAGUUAAAACAGAAGAUUGAGGAGUAUGAAAAGAUACCUCCUGAGCAGCAGAGACUUAUUUGUAAUGGGAAAGUGUUAAUUCAAGGAGAUAAAACACUCACAGAGUACAAGAUCAAUUCAAACUGUGUUAUACACUUUGUGCUGGCAUUGAGAGGAGGAGAAAACAGGUUGCUAUCGAAAGCAAGGCUAUGA